AUGGUGAAACGGAAGUUGGGGGCCUUGGAAAAGGUCGAAGCUGACCUGCCCAAUCUACAGCAUAAAAUUCGCAGAGAUCCAAAGUCGUAUAUCGAGGACUUUCGGGCCCAGCACUACCAAUAUGAGAGUCAUCGAGAGAUUUUCAUGGCAGCGCCAACGGCUGCCACCGACACCGGAAUCAUUUCUCUGCGAGAAUUGAUUGAUUUUAUCGCUCAUGUUGCCGAUUGCUAUCCAACUAUAACGAAGGACUUUCCCCAGCAGCUCAUUGAUAUCCUUACCCAGCACCAUCUGGUUCUGGAACCCGAACUGCGAGAAAAGAUUGUCGGAAGUUUAGUGCUACUUCGAAAGAAGGAAUUACUCGAUUCUGCGACACUGCUACAGACAUUGUUCCCUAUUCUUAUCUCAACACCGAGCAAAACUCUUCGAGCUUUGAUUUUCCAAAAGAUUCUCAUGGACCUGCGCUCAUCAAACGCAAAAACGACGAAUCACAAGCUUAACCGGACUAUGCAGACCGUCUUGUUCAACUUGGUUACGUCAGACCGCACCUCUUCCAAAGGCUUGUGGGCUAUCAAGCUCACGCGCGAGCUAUGGAAACGGCAGAUCUGGACCGAUGCUAAGGCCGUUGAAGUCAUGAAGGAGGCUAGUCUGUCAGAGAAUGAGAAAGUGAUAGUUGGUGGUGUUCGUUUCUUCUUGGGCGGCGACAAGGAACGAGAAGAGAUGGAAGACGAGAGCAGUGAUGAGGAGACCAUCGACCUCGGAAGAGUGAAGCAUCAGGUUGGGAUUAACAAGAAGACCCGAAAGAAGUCACGCGCUGUUGAGAAGGCAAAAGCCGUAGUCAAGAAGCGAGAACGCAAGAAGAACCAACCGCAUCCUCUGAACUUUUCCGCCCUUCAUCUUCUGCACGAUCCCCAAGGAUUCGCCGAGGCGUUAUUCGCGAAACACCUUCAGAAUACGAAGUCGAACUUGAACUUGGAGCAGAAGCUCCUGGUUCUACAACUUGUCUCUCGUCUCGUCGGAUUGCACAGACUGCAUAUCAUGCAUCUCUACUCUUACUUUCAGAAAUAUCUCACGCCACGUCAGGCCUCCGUGACAUCGUUCCUGGCUUCCCUUGCUCAAGCAUCACACGACUUGGUUCCGCCUGAUGUUCUGGAGCCUCUUGUGCAGAAGAUCGCAAAUGAGUUUGUCUCUGAAGCAGCAUCGUCGGAGGUGGCUACGGCUGGUCUCAAUGCCAUUCGAGAGAUUUGUGCCCGACAGCCCUUGGCGAUGAACGAAACCUUGUUGCAGGAUCUCGUUAUGUACAGGAAGAGUAAAGACAAGGGUGUGGUUAUGGCUGCCAGAGGAUUACUUAGUCUGUACAGAGAUGUCGGCGCGGACAUGCUCAAGAGACGGGACCGCGGUAAGGAGGCUUCUAUGAGCUUACGGGCUGGAGAGAAGAAGGAGCGUCGUUUCGGUGAGCAACAGACUGGCGAAAUCGAAGGUCUUGAGUUGCUAGAGAAGUGGAAGGAGGAAGAGCGCCGGAGACGGAGAAUCGAGAAGGGUCUGCCCUCCGAUGCUGAAGACGAUGAGGACGACGAGGCAGAAGACGAUGCGGCCUGGGAUAAGUGGAACGUUGAAGACGACGAGGAUAGCGAUGAUUCCGGUGGAUGGAUUGACGUGCAGAGCGAUGCGGAAAUCGAGCUGAGCGACUCAGAUGAUGACGAUUCCCCGCCUGCGAAGAAGACCAAGCAAGGCGAACAGGAAGAGGACAAGGCCGAGUCAGAGACUGCAAAGAAGACGAAUCUUGCGACGACUCGAAUUCUCACGCCAGCCGACCUGGCCAAACUUGCAGAGCUGCGCAACGAAGCGGCCGUCAAUUCCUUACUUCCAAAGAGACUCCGCUCUGACAAGAACAAUGAGCCUUCUCGUCAUGCGGAUGAUCCGCUCACAGCCGCAGAGAUUGAGGGUCUGGCAGCUCUGUCUGCUGGCAAAGCAACACGCGAAGAGCGGAUCGCUCAUGCUAAGGAAGGCAAGGAUCGGUCCGAGUACAAGAGUGUGACUGCACGACGCAAGGAGCGCAAGGAAGCGCAGGGAAAGAGCACUACGAACAAGGAGAAGGCGCGCAGAAAGAAUCUCUUCAUGACUCUAGGAAAAGCGAAGAGCAAGGGCAAGAGAAGUCUUGUGGAAACACGAAACGUCUUGCGGGCUCACCAGGAACGGCAAAGGCGUGGUGGUAGGAGAGGAAACACCGGCUCAUAG